CACUGCUCUUGCGUUGCCAUUCCCCGUGCGUUCGCGUCAGUUCGCGUCGUCCAGUCGUGCAGUACGUUGCUGAUUCGAGGCGUAUUCGUGGAGAGGCGUCGCUCGCUUGUUCGAGACAGGAAAAUAAUCAGGGACCCUGUCGGGCAUUAGAAAGGAAAGGAAAACGACGAAAACUCACGCGUAGUCAUGGCACGUACCAAGCAGACAGCUCGUAAGUCGACGGGUGGAAAGGCGCCCAGGAAGCAGCUCGCCACCAAAGCGGCGCGUAAAAGCGCGCCGUCCACUGGAGGCGUCAAGAAACCUCAUCGUUACAGGCCCGGUACUGUUGCCCUUCGAGAAAUUCGAAGAUACCAGAAAUCUACCGAGUUGCUGAUCAGGAAAUUGCCGUUCCAGCGUCUGGUGCGUGAAAUUGCUCAGGAUUUCAAGACCGAUUUGCGUUUCCAGAGCGCCGCUAUAGGCGCCCUCCAGGAAGCGUCGGAGGCUUACCUGGUCGGCCUGUUCGAAGACACGAAUUUGUGCGCCAUUCACGCCAAACGUGUCACGAUCAUGCCAAAAGACAUACAGCUGGCGCGGCGAAUUCGCGGUGAACGCGCUUAAGCCGUACGCGAGUACACAGAGCGUUCUCAUUUUAUUAUCAUUUGGACAUUGUAUGUUUCUGAACGAUCCAAAAUUCUUCUUGACUCUCUUCCGUGUAUAUUUAUCAUAGUUAACACACUGCCAACCGCUGUAAUAGAUACCAGGAUUUAAAAAAAAAAGACGUAAUAGCGAGCCUUCGUUGGACUUUCCGAUUCAACGAGACGCGAUUCACAAUUCGUACAAUGAUUAAAUUAAAAAAGAAAAAGUCAGGAUUAAAAUACAUUAAAAGAAGAUCGAUAAUUGCUUUUUUUUUUAACUUGAGAAAAUCGUCACAGAAACGGCCAUUAGUUUUUUUUUCUUACAUCUAAAUAUAUAGCAAAAAUAAAACACGUGCAGCAAUAUAUACCACACAUAGAAAUCACGUAUUUCUUUCUUUAGUAGAACGCCGGGUAUCACCGCUUAAUUUUAAGAACGCUUCAUUUAAGGAACUUAAUUUUUCUCGGAGUUCGUAUUCAGUUCGACCUUUAAUAAGUCGUACGAUAGACCAAAAUUUAUUAGUUAUAUGUAUCGGUAAUCGCUAUGUGUGCACUUUUUCAUAUAAAGGGAUAUAUCUACCUGUACUGAGAGGAGUAAAUAGAACAGUAACAGAUAUACAGAGGAAUACUGGUAGUUAUUACCAUCGCAGCCCCUGCACGUGGAACGCCCGGCAAACGCUCGGCCGCGUGGACAAGCGUCGCCGCGUCCCGCGUGCAGAUUGCCCUUAGUUGUUUAUUAUAAUAUCAUUACACAACGCAUAUAGUUCGGUCCUCACUUCUUUAGAACUCUCAAAAAAUUGACCUGUAGUGGAUAUGUCGCGCAUAUUAAGUAUAAUAUAUAUAUAUUAUAAAUAUAUUGUAAGAGCUUAGAGAGCAUAGGUGUUUUAUGUCCGCGUCAGAAAUUUCAUUUAAUAAAUACAUACAUAAUGUACACAUUAUUAUUGAAGAUGCGACAAGAAGGCUGCAAUUGACAUUGCACACGUAAAUUGCAGAUCUCUUUUGCAGAGACGUUCGGAAGAUAGAUAUUAUAGAAUAUUAAAAAAAUUUUUCUUUUUGUUUCUUUUUGACUGUCGUAUAAAUUACUAUUGAUUAAAGAACUCUCUCCCGAGAGAGAGGGAGAAAGAAUGAGUUUAUCGUUCCAAAUGCAGCCUUCUCGCCGAGUUCGCAAUUAUAGGUUGUAAUUAUCUUAACGAUUAUACUACUAACUGAAUGAUUGUAACGACAUUAUAACAAAAUACAUUUUCUAAUGGAUGUAACGAA